AUGGCUGUUUCCACCAUUGUCACCCUCCUCCUCCUCCUCCUCCACCUUGCAUCUUCCUCCGCCACCGGAAUAAUCGGAGUCAACUACGGCCGCAUUGCCGACAACCUCCCUAACCCAACCAAAGUCGUUCAACUACUCAAAUCCAACGGAAUCAACCGAAUCAAACUCUACGACACCGAUUCCACUGUCCUCAAAGCCUUCGCCGGAUCCAACAUCGCCGUCACCGUCGCCCUCCCUAACAACCUCCUCUCCGCCGCCGCCAGUAACCAAUCCUUCACCGAUAACUGGGUUCAAUCCAAUAUCCUCCCUUACCACCCUGAAACCCUAAUCGAUGCCAUCGCCGUCGGCAAUGAAGUCUUCGUCGACCCAAAUAACACCACCGAUUUCCUCGUACCCGCCAUGAAAAACGUUUACGAUUCGCUGCAAAAAAACAAAAUCGACAUCAACGUUUCUUCUCCGGUUGCUCUCAGCGCGUUGGCUACGUCUUACCCUCCGUCUUCCGGUUCGUUUAAACCGGAACUGGUUGAACCGGUGAUGAAACCCAUGCUUAGCUUCCUUAAGAAAACCGGUUCGGUUCUCAUGGUGAAUGCUUACCCGUUUUUCGCGUAUGGAGCAAAUACCGACACGAUUUCGUUGGAUUACGCUCUUUUACGGGAGAAUAAAGGGGUACCCGACCCGAAAUCCGGAAUCGUUUACAAAACCCUUUUGGAAGCUCAGCUCGAUGCGGUGUAUGCCGCCAUGGAUGCUUUACAAUUUCCUGACGUGAAGAUGGUGGUUUCUGAAACCGGUUGGCCGUCGAAGGGGGAUUCUAACGAACCCGGCGCCGGAGAAGACAAUGCUGCUCAAUAUAACGGUAACCUCGUCCGGAGAGUACUCACCGGCGGUGGAACUCCUCUGAGACCGAACGAUCCUCUUGUCGUUUACUUAUUUGCCCUUUUCAACGAAGACCAAAAAACCGGGCCAACUUCGGAGCGUAAUUACGGGUUGUUUUACCCGAAUGAACAAAAGGUGUAUAAUGUGCCUUUGAGUAAAGAAACGUUGGCGAACUUGCCGUCGGCGGUGAGUAACGGUAGCAAAUCGCAGGUAGCGGUGGCUCCGUCGCCGGCGAAUAGCGACGGAGAUGUGUCGGCGAGUACGGUGGGGCAGACGUGGUGUGUGGCGAAUGGGAAAGUUGGGGAGGAGAAGCUUCAAGCUGCGUUAGAUUAUGCUUGUGGAGAAGGUGGAGCUGAUUGCCGUCCGAUUCAGUCUGGUGACACGUGUUAUGAUCCUAAUACACUUGAGGCACACGCUUCGUAUGCGUUCAAUAGUUAUUAUCAGAAACAAGCACGUGGGAGUGGAUCGUGUGAUUUUGGGGGUGCGGCGUAUGUGGUCUCUCAACCUCCUCGUUUCGGGAGUUGCAAGUUUCCCACAAGCAAUUAGCUACGACUGAAAUGACGAAUCAGAUUGAAUUAUUUAGCUCGACGUCGUUCGGGAUUCGAGCAUAUUUUUAUGAUGUUUUAUAAUAUAUUUUUUCAGUACUAUUUAUAAUGUAGUUAGGUUUGGUUGUUGGUAUUUGUUAUGACUUUGAUAUUCCUUGUAAUUUAUUAGAUAGAUCCUUUUUCUACUUCUAGAAAAGGAUUUGUGUAAGUCAUCAUAUGUUUAUAU